CUAAUCUCUUAAGUUUUAUCCAUUACACGUAAAUAAAAGAUGGCGGCUUCAGCGAAAACAGAUGUUAAUCUGACAGCUCUCUAUGCCGAAUUGAAUAAAUUUGGUAAUAAUGGAGAUUAUAACCGUGCGAUUAAAGUUGCUAAGAAAAUCUUGGACGAGGCGCCGAAUGAAGCGAAUGCACACAAGUGUCUGGUAGUGUGCUACAUUCAAGAGUCUGAUUUUAAGAAUGGAUUGGCCGUUAUUAAUAAAAACCCUAGUCUUUCUGAGACAAUGACAUUUGAGAAAGCAUACUGUCUGUAUCGUUUGAACAGAACACAAGAAUCACUUGCUGUGCUGAACAAAGAAGCUAAUCUUGAAACUAAACAUAAAGAACUUAAGGCUCAAGUCUUAUAUCGAAUGGAAAGGUUUGCUGAAUGUCUUGAGUUGUAUAAAGAAUUAAUCAAGAACACCCAGGAUGAUUAUGAAGCAGAACGUGAAACAAACUUAUCUGCAGUUGUAGCCUGCCUAAGUCUUGAAGGAACAAAAACUAAUCUACCCAUGUCAACGGAUGACAGUUAUGAGUUAUCGUACAAUGAAGCGAUCCGUUUGAUUGGUGAAGGUAAAACCGCUGAGGCUGAGGCACAGUUACGCAAAGCUGAAAGUCUCUGCAGAAAAUCAUUAGAAGAUGAUGGAGCAACUGAAGAAGAAAUUGAGGACGAGUUAGCUUUGAUACGAGUACAGUUGGGCUAUGUAACUCAACUUCAAGGACGUACAUCAGAAUCGCAGCAAGUUUACCAAAUGGUGCUAAAACAAAAGCCAAGCGAUGUAGCACUCUCUGCGAUCGCCGCCAAUAAUAGUGCUGUAAUUAAUGGUGCGCAAAACAUCUUUGAUUCCAGAAGAAAACUCAAAAUGACUCGCACCGCUGUUGAAGAAAAUGACGCUAAAUUUACCACAAGGCAAAAACAAACUCUCGCCGUGAACCAAUGCCUCUUCUUAGGUGCAACAGCUCAGGUAGAACAAUGUCGAAAGGCAAUCGAAGAGCUGAAAAAAACGUACCCUGAUGGAAUUACUGAGGUGUUGUUGCUCCAAGCUGCAUUAGAAUAUAAAGCCAAUCGUUUAGAGGAAGCUUUGGCGACGUUAGCUACGGCGAAACCUGAUUCUGCCCUUACCGCUGGAUUAGCGGCUUUGCAAUUGCUGCUGGAAAAACGCGAGUUUGAUAGAGCCACUGCUCACCUCGAACAACUACUGAAACAACAUUUCCGUCUGGGACUUCUGGGAAGCUUGGUAUCACUGCACAGUGCUCGCGGACAGCGUGAUAAGGCCAUAUCGUUAGUUAAUGAAGCUCUAGAUAAAUUCAACAAAACUAAGGCUGAUAAUCAAGUAAAGCUUUUGCGCCAAGCCGCAGCUUUUCAUUUGAAAGGUGGUGAGCCAGAGAAAGCUGCCGCUUGCCUGGAAAAACUUUGGAAACUCGAUCCAAGUGAUACAGCUACCCUAGCCCGUCUUGUACUCCUCUACUCUCAGUUUGACCCAGCUGUUGCCCAGAAACGAAGCCAACAACUGCCUCCUUUAGAAUUAGAUGCAGGAGUUAGCGCUCUCGAUGUCGAUGCACUUGAAUCAGCUACAUGGGCUCUCGGAUUGAAGAAUGCUCGUAAAGGACCGCCUGCUGGGGGACCUACGUCGCCUGGGUCUACGGGAUCGAAGAAACUAAACGAUAAAAAAGUGAAUAAGAAGAAACCUAAGAAAAAGAAGCUUCCCAAGCGCUAUGACCCGAAAGUAGCGCCCGACCCUGAGCGCUGGUUACCCCGCCGUGAAAGGUCUACUUAUCGUCCAAAGAAACAAAGAGACCGCCGAUAUCGUGACGUCCGUCCGGAUGUUGGUAAAGGGACACAGGGUAGCUCUGCUGCUAUGCAAGAAGCAGAGAACAAAUUUGACAUGUCUAAUGUGAAAGCGACUGCCAAACCAGCAGCCGCAGCAUCCAGUCCUACUACCAAAACCUUGCCAGCUGCAUCCUCGCAGAGAUCCAAACCAGGACAAGGACAAAAGAAAAAGAAACGAAGUGGAAAAUUUUAAUUGGAGGAAAUCAGAACUUUGAUUUAAAAUCCUGUAAUGCACUUGUUUGCGUUAUAAAUUCGGAGAAAGGAUCUUUUUCUUUGUUAUGAUGAACGAGAAAAACAAUAAAAGGUAAAGUUCCAUGA